AUGGAUACUGAAAACAAUUCAUCUAAUAUAAAUAGAAAUCCAAAUUGGCAGCAUCCUACUGCAAAGAGAAAAAGAAUGACAAAGAUAGAAGGUCAAAAGUUUGUUGGAACUGUUUUUUUAAGUGGUAUUAUAAAUCCCCAAGAUAAACUCAAUGCACAAGAAAUGCAUAAUGAGUUAUUAAAAUAUGUGGAAACAGAAGAAAUUAAAGAGCUGGACGUACCAAAAGUCUCCACAAGGUUGGAUUAG